UUAAAUCAUAUUUUUCUCACCACAGCUCUUCUAAUAAAUUUUUCUUUCUUUUUUUUUUUUUUUUUUUUUUUUUAAUUUCAACAUCUAGCAUACAUGUUUCAUUACGCAAAAGCCAUCUUUAUCUGGUUCUCAUGUGACUCUGAAGCCUGACAACUUUGUUCUUUCUUUCCUUCAAUAUACCCAAGCUUUUAAAGGGGAAUCAUUUAGUUUUGGUCAAAUCCUAUGGAGUGAAUUAAUAAAUAUUGGAUUCGUCACACAGAUAUAAGCAGUUGGUUCAAAUAUCAGAGCUCAAUUGCAGCUAUGGCAGCAACAAAGUUGUAUGUAGUGUAUUACUCGUUGUACCGUCAUGUCGAGAUCAUGGCAAGGGAGGUGCAAAGGGGGGCUAAUUCAGUUCAAGAUGUUGAGGCAACACUUUGGCAGGUACCUGAGACGCUAUCUGAUACAAUACUGCAAAAGAUGAAGGCACCAGCUAAAGCAGCUGAUGUACCAGAGAUUAGGCCAGAACAGCUUUUGGAAGCUGAUGGUUUUCUCUUCGGGUUUCCUUCUCGUUUCGGUGUGAUGGCAGCUCAGUUUAAGGCCUUCUUUGAUGCUACUAACGACCUGUGGGAACACCAAGCACUUGCUGGCAAGCCUGCUGGUAUCUUCUGGAGUACUGGUUUCCAUGGGGGAGGACAGGAGCUCACUGCAUUAACUGCUAUAACACAGUUAGCACAUCAUGGUAUGAUAUUUGUGCCUCUUGGAUACACUUUUGGCAGUGGCAUGUUUGAGAUGAAUGAGGUAAAAGGUGGCUCCUCUUAUGGUGCUGGCACUUAUGCAGCCGAUGGAUCCCGUGAACCCACUGAGCUAGAGCUCCAACAGGCCUUUUACCAAGGUAAAUAUGUUGCGGAAAUAACCAAGAAACUCCAGAACAAGCCCCUCGCAUCAUAGAACGCCACUUCAAGCUGCAGUAAAAGGUCCUAGCAAUACAACCUGAGGGAUAUCAAUCACCGAAGUGUCCAGCGACUAACAGAAGGACAACAUAAUUAUACUUUAUGUUUGGAUUGAAAGAAAGUGAAAAAGAAAAGCAAGGGAAACAAAGAAAACUUCUUCCAUUAUUGUUUGGUUACAAGGGAAAAUGGAGCAGUGACCCAUAUCAGUUGUACCGCAUGUAUAUCAUUAUAAUCUCAAAUGUAGUGAAAUAAAUUAACAGUACAAUAACAACAGCAAUGAUUCCAUAUCAGUUGUUGCCUAUUAUGUCCUCUAUCAGUUUUCCAAUAGAAUUGAAUGAAGUUCCACCUUCCAUAA